GGGGAUGGCCGAGAAGCGGAGGGGCUCCCCGUGCAGCGUGCUGAGCCUCCGGGCGCACGCCUUCUCGGUGGAGGCGCUCAUCGGCGCCGAGAAGCAGCAGCAGCUGCAGAAGAAGCGGCGAAGGCUGGGGGCGGCGGAGGCGGGAGCGGCCCCGGAGGACGGAGGCGGCGGCGGCGGCCCGGGCGAGCGCGGCUCCGGGAAGGGAGACGCGGCCGCCGCACCCGGGCCCGCCCGCGGCGCCGCCGACUUGGAACCGAGCCGCGGGUCGGGCUGCGAGGACGGGUUCCCGCAGGGCGCAUCCCCACUGGCGAGCCCUGGAAGCUCCCCGAAGGGGUCUCCGGCUCCUGCCCUAGCUCGGCCGGGAAGUCCGCUGCCCUCGCCGCCGGCCCCUCGGGUGGAUCUGCAAGGAGCGGAGCUCUGGAAGCGAUUCCACGAGAUUGGCACGGAGAUGAUCAUCACCAAGGCGGGCAGGCGAAUGUUUCCAGCAAUGAGAGUCAAGAUCUCAGGCUUAGAUCCUCAUCAGCAGUAUUACGUUGCUAUGGAUAUUGUGCCAGUGGACAAUAAAAGAUACAGGUACGUGUACCAUAGUUCUAAAUGGAUGGUGGCAGGAAAUGCUGAUUCCCCGGUACCCCCCCGGGUGUACAUUCAUCCAGACUCACCUGCCUCCGGAGAGACUUGGAUGAGACAAGUGAUCAGCUUUGACAAACUGAAGCUCACCAACAACGAACUGGAUGAUCAAGGCCAUAUUAUUCUUCAUUCUAUGCACAAAUACCAACCUCGAGUUCACGUCAUCCGCAAAGACUGUGGGGAUGAUCUUUCUCCUAUUAAACCUGUUCCCUCUGGGGAGGGAGUGAAAGCAUUUUCCUUUCCAGAAACUGUGUUCACGACUGUUACAGCUUAUCAGAAUCAACAGAUUACUCGCCUGAAGAUUGAUAGGAAUCCAUUUGCCAAAGGCUUCCGAGACUCUGGCCGUAACAGAAUGGGCUUGGAAGCCCUUGUGGAGUCAUAUGCGUUUUGGAGACCUUCACUACGGACCCUCACCUUCGAAGAUAUCCCUGGAAUCCCCAAGCAAGGAAAUGCAAGCUCCUCUUCAUUACUCCAAGGCUCUGGGAAUGGGGUUCCUGCCACCCACUCUCACCUCUUGUCUGGCUCCCCGUGCUCGUCCCCGGCCUUCCACCUGGGGCCCAAUACCACCCAGCUGUGCAGCCUGGCCCCAGCUGACUACUCGGCCUGCGCCCGUUCGGGCCUGGCCCUCAACCGGUACAGCACCUCCUUGGCCGAGACCUACAACAGACUCACCAGCCAGACCAGCGAGACCUUUGCCCAGCCCAGGACUCCCUCCUACGUGGGCGUGAGCAGCAGUGCCUCAGUGAACAUGUCCAUGGGUGCCACUGAGGGGGACACCUUCAGCUGCCCGCAGACCAGUUUGUCCAUGCAGAUUUCGGGGAUGUCGCCCCAGCUCCAGUACAUCAUGCCUUCACCCUCCAGCAAUGCCUUUGCCACCAACCAGACCCAUCAGGGCUCCUACAACACUUUCAGGUUACACAGCCCCUGUGCCUUGUACGGAUACAACUUCUCCACAUCUCCCAAACUCGCCGCCAGCCCUGAGAAAAUCGUUUCUUCUCAAGGAAGUUUCUUGGGGUCCUCACCAAGCGGGACCAUGACGGAUCGUCAGAUGUUGCCCCCUGUGGAAGGAGUGCACCUGCUUAGCAGUGGGGGUCAGCAGAGUUUCUUUGACUCUAGGACCCUAGGAAGCUUAACGCUGUCAUCAUCUCAAGUGUCUGCACAUAUGGUUUGAUGAAGCCUUU